CCAUAGCGGUUACCCUUAUUGUCUCUGGGUCCUUCGGUUCCUACAUUCUUUAUCUUCCCUUCUCUCGCCUUCGAUCCCCAAAUUCACUAUAUCACUGGCCUCUCCUUUACGUUCGAAUACCCAUCGUCGUCUCUUCGCUUCGCUCUAUUAAUAUUCGUGGUCGCUUUGCUCUUUUUCAGCUUCAAAUUCGCUGAUUUUCGAUCUGAUUUCUUCGAUUCUCCUAACAAAACAGGAUUUGAGUUUUUGUAGUAGCAGCUGUCCAAAUACUCUUGGAGAAUUGAAAUGGCUAUGAGGGGAUAUAACAGAGAUGAGUAUGAAGAUUUGGAUGAAUAUGAAGAGGAGGAUGAAGAGCAAGAGGAAGGAGGUGGUGAAGAGGAAUAUGAAGAGGAAGAGACUCAUCAGCCCACAAAGGAGGAAUUGGAGUACCUUGAACUGAGGCACCGAUUGAAAGAAGAUAUCAGAAGGCAGUUGAAGAAGAAAUCUGGGUCUGCCAAUUUCCGAGAGAAUAAGAACAAACUACCCUCUGACAAUUAUGGAUCCUUUUUUGGACCUUCACAGCCGGUUAUUGCUCAAAGAGUAAUUCAAGAAAGCAAGUCACUAUUAGAGAACCAGCAUUUGGCAGCUAAGGUUUCUAGAUCACAUAAUGGGAACAAUAAGAGCCUUGCUUCAGCAACCGCAAGACCUCAGCCUCAAGUCAAUGGCCACCUUCCUAAAGUAAAAAAUGAGUUACAAGUGAAAGCACAGAGACUUAAGGAUACACGAGAUUACUCUUUUCUAUUAUCUGAUGAUAUAGAGCUUCCAGCACCUAGAAAGGAUCCUCUACCCCGAAAUGUCUCUGUUUCACGUUCUGAGGCGCGAUCAGCUCAGAUGCCAUCAAAGAGCAAACCGUUGUUGAGCAAUUCUGGAAGACAAGUUUCUAAUGGCCGUGAGGAGAGGAAACCUACGUCCCAUGUUUCUAAUGGUCGCGAGGAGAGGAAACCUACGUCCCACGUUUCUAAUGGUCGUGAGGAGAGGAGACCUAUGUCCCAUGUUUCUAAUGGUCGUGAAGAGAGGAAACCUAUGUCUAAAAGUACCCACAUGCCACCUAAGGCGGGGUCCCACAGAUUAAUUUCUGUAGCUAAGCCCAAUAGGACAAUAGUGGACUCUAGGAAACAGCUUGGUAGCAACAGUGGAAAUGAGCCUCGUCGGCCUCUUGGGUCAAAAGGUUUGCCUACUAAGAAACCUGCGGCUGUAAUGGAGAAGAAGGGAUCUCUACCGGGUGCAAAGAGUUCCACUGCUGGUUUACACAAGCCACUAUCUUCGAAGUUGCAAUAUGCUACUCCAAAGCAGUCCAUAGAUUCAAGAAAGGAGUUUCAUGAAUCUAGCAAGGGAAGGGUGAUCCCUAAACAUCCAGUGUCAUCCUCUAAACCUCAGAUGAACAAGGUACUGCCUAAAACUGCAUCCCGUGCCACUUUGCAAGAGGAACGUCCAAAGAAAAAGCCUGUAAGAAGGUACUCUGAUGAUGAGGAUGAUGGUGAUGAAGCAAUCAGUAUGAUUAGGCAAAUGUUUGGGUAUGAUCCACAAAAGUUUGCUGGUCAUGAUGAAGAUGAUAGUGACAUGGAGGCCAACUAUGCCGAUAUUAUGAAGGAGGAGAAGAGGAGUGCACUAAUUGCUAGGAAGGAAGAUGAAGAAGAACUACGGAAGAUUGAGGAAGAAGAGAGGCAGGAGCGGUUGAGAAAGAAGCGUAAGCUGAGCCAACGAUGACCAUAGAAGAAAUUACGUUGAUUAGCUGGGUGAAAUAGUUGAAGUACCCCUUAGUUUAUUUGCCCAUUUUGUUUUAGUUUUCUAUUUUAUUUUAUUUUGUGUCAAGGUGCUGAAUUAUGGGUUCCUUUAUUUGUCAGUUACAGGAUAAAUAUUGUAAAACGUAGGGUUUUUUUUGGGGUCUUUUCUUGGGGGUACUGGUGAUGCUGGGAAGGUAAUUUGUAGCCUUGUAGGUGAAUGAAUCUUCAUUUGUGUCGGAAUAACAGAAAGUGAAAAUUUACUGUGACAACAAUGGCUCCUAACUGGUAUUCACAUAAUGUCAUCUCUUCUGUUUUUUUCCAGCUCAA